AUGUAUCCACAUCCACCUACCGGCGAGUACAAGCUGCUACUGCAAUGUUGCGACCUGGACAUGCCUAAGGACGAAUUUGGCUGCUAUGUCCUUCCGUUGGGCUCCGACCAGCCACCAAGGUACAUCGGGUGUCCGGAGAGACAAGUGAUCUCAGCGCUCUUCAAUGUACCUGUCUGGGCGCGUCAUAGUCUGCAUUGGUACCCAAUGCCUUAUCUGAAAUAUGAGACUGAAAGCGCCCAGCUCCAGGAUCAGGCUGAACAGAAACUGGUAAUAGUUUUCGACACCAUAGCUGAGUCGUUUCGGCAGAUGCGUCCUCCAUUUGCUUCCACCUACUCAUCUAUCUUUGAGGUGGAUGGCAUGCUUGGCAUCUAUAGCUCUAACAGGGCUAAGGAAAUUGUUGAUAUAUGGGUGCUGCACAACUAUGAAAGUGAGAUUUGGGACUUAAAGUACCGGGUUGAAUUGCCGCUCACACAAAUCAGGAGGAAGCUUCAAGCCCGUGAUGGUGAUGGCAAUUGGUAUGUGAUCGUUGCUUCGGGUGAUGGUGAUGUGCUCUUGCUAGUCAGGUUUGCUCAUUGGCUGUUUUACGUUGACACUGAUGGCAAACUGGUUGCUAGCUUCCAAGACAUCAAUUUCUAUAAAUAUGGGCUCAAACAGACUCUUGUUCCUCAUGAUUUCUUCACGACACGAGAAGGUUUUGCUGCGGACGCUUCACCAUUCAUCUGA